AUGUGGAAUGGGAAAUGUGUUCUAAGAGUUUAGAAUACCCCCUCCAUUAUAAAUUUGUAUGAAUAGCACGUCACAAAGUCAAAAUAUCCUAAUCUCAGCUUGCUAAGUUUCUAUGCUCAGCAUAUAUCCUCAGCAAUCUGUCAUUGACUGAUUUCAUUAUUCUCUUAUCAUUAAUUGAUAUUCAUUCUCGAAUUGUUUUAGUAAUCGCACACAAUUUGUGCUGAAUUGUAAUGGGUACCACACAAAAAGUGUCAAAUUGAUUUCAUUUAAUGAGAAAUGUUUAUCACCGUUUAUGAUAGAAAUGCUUGAAUGUACUAAAUUAAAAAAAAACACAGCAAUUUUUGGGUGGUUAGAAUGAGAUAAAUUUUGGAAUUUUCUACUUAUUUUUUUUUAAUCUUAAACGAAAAACCAACAAAAAAAUUUUAAUUCCAAGUAAAAACAGGAUAAAAUGGUAAAAUUUUGGAAAACCAUGUAGAGAAAAUGUUGUCGUUACAAUAACAAUUCGUUGCGCUCUUUUAGUUCAUCGGUCGUAGCCGAAGUUGUUAUUUCUCUCCUCCAAACGUUCUCUCACUUACCCUCCUUAUACACAUGCACACCUUCAAUCCGACCGCAUUUGGUUCGUUUAUUGGAAGAAUGAAAUUUGUGUUACGGUAUGCGCUAUGCGGCGCUUAAUUAGAAAUAGAAAGAAAGUACGAUUCAUGUAUGACUUGAUCGACGACAUACGAUAUUUGAAGCCGAAAACAAAACUGGAGAAAGAGCAUUAUAUUGCAACUUUUGUGACAACUGAACUCUUUGUUAUAAAUACACAUCGAAUUAUUGGAACGCGGUGCUGAUAAUGAAUAAUGGAAUUGUUUUUAAAUUAUUUCGUACCUCUUUUGCCGCGCGCGCGCACGCUCUCGUUCACGAGUUCUUGUCCGAUGUCUCGUACCUAUAAAUUGUAUAUUUUUCAGUGGAAAAAUUGCACAAUAAUAAUCUAAUGGGUGCGCAAUUCAAUCAAAAUGUAUAAUUUAAACCUUUUCGUGCUAUGAACAAUAGCACGCUGUGUGUUGUGUCGAAAAAAAUUCUCAUCCAAAUUUAAGCACUAAAAUGGUGAAGUUGAGCGCAGAAGUGUCGCAUUUAAAACGAAAGCGCCCGAAGUGCGGAACACACAACAAUCAACUCAACGAGCAUACCAGCGCAAUUCUUUUCGAAUGGAAAAUAAUGAACGAAAUGGUAGAAAAGGUCGAUUAAAGAAUAAAAUUGAUGGAAAAAGCAAUCAACGUUAGUUAUAUAUUGAUCGUUCGUACGUCUAUGUGGUGGAGACUAUUCGGUGGAAGUCAACAGCAUAACAAUUUCAUUCAAUGGAUUAGAACGUGAACAGGCGCAUGACACUCAAUAAAACACUCAACCAUUUUCGACUAAAACGAUUUCUUUUUGCUAUUCACGUCGUCCCGUGCUACCAAUCAAUGUUUCAAUCGAACAUUUUGAACCUCUUUUACAUUCCAAUUUUGAAUUUUGACCGUGACACGAACAAAUUCUCUAGCGGUAAAUUUUGAUUUAAAAAAAAACCACACACAUUAUUGGAAACGCGUAAACAAAAAAUAAAGCACACCCAAAACAAAAAGGAACAACAAAAAUAAGUGAAUAAAAACGAGCGUAUACAACGAAUAGAAUUAGUUAAGUGAUAGAGAAUAUAACGAUAACAAUGGCUUUGGUGAUCAAGAAAAUUGUCGACUAUUAUUUUUAUCUCAACGAUGAAAUCAGCGAUCCUAGAGUUCGGGACAUGUUGUUCAUGUCGAAUCCAUUCACAAUGUUUGCCAUUCUUGCCGUUUAUCUAUGCUUCAUACUGAAAUGGGGACCAGAAUACAUGAAAAAUCGCAAACCAUUCAACAUAAAUAAAAUAAUCAUCGUUUACAAUAUAAUACAAAUUGUAGCGUGCGCUCGACUAGUUGCACAAGCGCUUCAGCAUGUGUACAAGUUUAGAAACGGAUACAGUUUCUUAUGUGAACCGGUGGACUGGAGCUCGGGCACUGUUCCAAUGAUAAUCGCAAAUGGAUGUCAUACAUAUUUUCUGCUGAAAGUGGUCGAUCUCUUGGACACGGUGUUCUUUGUGCUGCGUAAAAAGGAUAAGCAAAUCUCAUUCUUGCAUUUGUACCAUCACACCGGAAUGGUGAUACUGACGUGGAAUGCAACCAAAUUCUAUCCCGGCGGCCACUCAAUAUUCACUGGAUUCAUUAAUUCCAUUAUCCAUGUUGUAAUGUACUCCUAUUACCUGGUGAGCGCUUUCCAACCGCAAUAUAAAAAUAAUCUCUGGUGGAAAAAGUACAUCACCCAACUUCAAAUCAUUCAAUUCUUCUUGAUCAUGGUCCAUUGGUUGGCAUUGCUAUUUCAAUCGGACUGCGGAUUCCCGAAAUUUCCAGUGGCCAUUAUGGUGCCGCAAAAUCUAUUUAUGUUGGCCUUAUUCGGUGAUUUCUACUAUAAAACCUAUGUGCAGGAGAGGAAACCACGUAAGAAACACGACGAUAAAGGUGAUAACGAUGAUAACAGCAACAAUAGCGCAUCAUCCAUAGCCAUCGAUAGUAACAAUAACAACAAUGGCACGAUCAAAACAAUGGCUAACGGUAAUGGCAUUACAUGCAGAAAUAAUGUGAAUAAUUAUUAUUCUAGCGGUAGUAAAGCAAACGGAAUUUCGAUUAGUUCGUAAAAUACUCCACACAGUUUUGUAGUCAAUUGUUAAGCAGCCACCAAACCGAUAUGAAUACACAUGAAAUGAAAAUCAAAAUAUGACGAUUAAAAGAAAUAUUGCAGAAAAUAAAAUGGAAUCGCAGCAAAAUCGAAGUCACGAUAGCAAAAAAGAAGAAGAAGAAACGAACGAAAGACACAACGACUAUUGGCUUCGAUUUAGCUAAUACACACAAAUUCAACUGCAUAAUCAAAUAACUUUACACUGUGACUCAUUAAUUAAGUUCAAAGGAAUUGCACAUAAUUCAAUAAUUCGCACACUUACAAUAACAUUAGCAUAAAUGUAUUAAACGUAGAAAGUUCAGAAUUUUAGCGACGAUUAUAUGCAUGUCAAUCCAAGCUAAUAUUGUAUUCUCUAUUGGAGCUAAAAUUUAAUAAAGGAUGAAUACUACAGCCGAUAAAUAAUCAA